GUGCUAAGAGAAGACCAAAUUUAUUCAAGAGAGGAAAGGCAGCAAAUAAUGCAGUUCCUAUUGCCUGAACAGGCUACGGAAAUCACACUCAACCUUGAGAUUUUUGUCAAAGCAUGACUUCCUGAAGCCUUCCUGACCUCAAAGCAGGUCUCCCCUUCGCUUUUAGCGUACCCUAAAUCUAGGCGCAUGGUUGACAGACUCUGGAAAGCGGGAGGUGAGGCACAAACGCAGCUGCUCAACAUGUCCCUGCGGAGAGUUGCGGAGCUUCAAGUUUCCCAGCCCACCGCAACGCCAGAGGCGCGCAGAGCGGCUGCUGCGGGGCGGAAGUGCAUUCCCAGAGCCGUUCUAGGAAACGGGGAGGACCCUGCGCGUCAGUGGUCCGGGACACCGUGGGUUUCGCGAGGUGCACUGGGACAUUCUAGCAAGCCGACCGGCUCUUGCCCAGCCCGGCGAAGAUGGGGUGAAUUAGGGGAGAGCAGCAGAAACUGGGACGCGCACAGGGGCGUGGGCCUGCUGACCACCUGUUCCUCCCGCGAGUGCGGCUCGCGCGGAUUGGCCGCAGUGCCGCCCGGCACCGGAAGUGGCCGGUGUGGGUCGCCCGUGACACCAGACAACAGCUGCGGUUCUGUGCGCGCCGCGCCGUAGCGCCCCGGGCCCAGCGGAGUGAGCGUGGGCGGCAUCCGCCAGCGGCUGUGAUAUGGGGACUGAGAAAAAGGAGGUGCUUCCCAAGGAAGAAAUUUCUGAGGACUCUGAGCCACGUGGGCCAACAUUAGAAAAACUUGCCCAGGAGGUUUACCAAGGCCAUGAGUUUGGAGCAGCAAGUGAGGAAGACAUAUUAGAGGGACAUUUGAGAGAGUCCUCGAAAGAGAUUAUAGAACAGAUGUAUCCUCAGGAGAGAGAUUUUGCAUCAGGGUUAAUUAUCUUCAAGAAGUCAUCCUUAGGUGAAGAAGACCAGAAAGACAGUAAGAGUCCAAGAGGCUUCAGUCCUAACCUGAGUGUCCUGAUGUGUCAUGGAGGUGCUACAGCCAAGAGGGACAGCGCAUGCGCUGCCUUUGGCCAGCACUCCAUGGAGAGUAUAGAGCUUACUAAAGCACAGGGGACUCCUGUGGGAGAGAAGCCUCACACAUGUAAAGAAUGUGGGAAAGCUUUUAAUCAGAACUCACAUCUCAUCCAGCAUAUGAGAGUCCAUAGUGGAGAAAAACCCUUCGAAUGCAAAGAGUGUGGAAAGACCUUUGGGACCAACUCCAGCCUUCGAAGGCACCAGAGAAUUCAUGCUGGAGAGAAGCCCUUUGCUUGUACUGAGUGUGGGAAGGCCUUCAUUCAGAGCUCACAUCUGAUCCACCAUCACAGAAUCCAUACUGGAGAAAGACCUUAUAAAUGUGAAGAAUGCGGUAAAGCCUUCAGUCAGAACUCGGCCCUUAUUCUGCACCAGAGAAUCCACACUGGAGAGAAACCGUAUGAGUGUAAUGAGUGUGGGAAGACCUUUCGGGUUAGCUCACAGCUCAUCCAGCAUCAGAGAAUUCACACAGAAGAAAGAUACCACGAGUGCAGUGAGUGUGGCAAAGCCUUCAAGCACAGCUCCGGCCUCAUCAGACAUCAGAAGAUCCACACAGGAGAAAAGCCCUAUCUGUGUAAUGAAUGUGGGAAAGGCUUUGGUCAGAGUUCAGAGCUUAUCCGCCAUCAAAGAAUCCACACAGGGGACAAGCCCUAUGAAUGCAGUGAAUGUGGGAAAACUUUUGGCCAGAACUCAGAGAUUAUUAGACAUAUCAGAAUUCAUACUGGGGAGAAGCCCUAUGUGUGCAAAGAAUGUGGGAAGGCCUUCAGGGGUAACUCGGAGCUCCUGAGACAUGAGAGAAUUCACACUGGGGAGAAACCCUAUGAAUGCUUUGAGUGUGGGAAGGCGUUCAGGCGGACCUCUCAUCUGAUUGUCCACCAGAGAAUACAUACCGGAGAGAAACCCCAUCAGUGUAAUGAGUGUGCAAGAACCUUCUGGGAUAAUUCUGAGCUGCUGCUUCACCAGAAGAUUCACAUUGGAGAGAAACCUUAUGAGUGUGGCGACUGUGAGAAGACAUUCAGCCAGCACUCCCAGCUCACCAUCCACCAGAGAAUUCACACUGGGGAAAAGCCAUACGAGUGCCAAGAGUGCCAGAAGACCUUUAGUCGGAGCUCCCACCUCCUCCGGCACCAGAGUGUUCACUGUAGUGAGUGAUCUGCAAAACAGGAAGGUGGUGUAGGGAGGCUGGAGAUAGACUUCUCUCUCCACUGCUCUGUACCCAGGCCCUAGGAUCAGAUGAAGGGACAGGGCCUCCUCUGCCCAUCCUCUGAGAGUGUGUCAGUCAUCGGCUGAAAGUGACGAGGCAGUUUUAUGAACUAUUUAUUGAGAAAUUUCAGUGUACUAAAUUAAAUCAUAAAAGUUGUUUCAGGUCUUAA